UGGAUGAUAGAUGAGAGAAGAUUGGAUGAGAACCACACCGCCAUCGUUACUUUCCCUAACAAUUGACACAGCUGUCCUUCACCUCUCCAACUUUUCUGAUCUCUCUUCCAUACCUGAUCACAUUAUCCUCGAUCUCUUCCUGUUGGAAUAAAGAAAGCUAUGGUGAUAUCAGUUCUCACAAGGAGUUGGACAAGAUCAGUUAUAAUCUCAAUUUUCCAUGAAUUACAAGCAUGGAGAUUUUCAUAUUUAUAUCAAAUCAACCAGAGAAGGGAAUAAUAAUGAGAUUAAGCCUUUUAGGCUGCGGCAUUCCAUAGAGAGAACACUGAAAGCUGGAAAACUGACUGAGAAAGUUCUGAAAUUGUUUGUGGCGACAGGAAAUGAUGAAGUCCUUGCAUUCAUCCAGGCAUUGAACAUCCAACAUGUCAUAACCCCUGUCCUUCCUACUAGAUGUUCUGAGAAAUUCUAAGAUAGACAAAAUUGUGCAUGUACACUUCGAUACAUUUUAAACCCAAACACGAGCUGCUUUUAGGAGAAACAAUCUCUUGGUUCUGGAUCUUCAUUUUUGUAACUUGGGAAGAUGUCUCUAGCUAACAUCAAAGACAGUGAGGUUGACAUUGUGAUAGGAGCACUUCACUCAGACCUGACAUCAUUUAUGAAUGAGUGGAGACCCAUAUUCUCCCGAUUCCACUUGAUAAUUGUCAAAGACCCUGAUCUCAAAGAGGAACUCAGGAUACCAGAGGGCUUUAAUCUUGAUGUCUAUUCCAAGUCUCAUAUCGACCGGGUGGUGGGCUCUUCUACCUCCAUAGUCUUCUCCGGCUACUCAUGCAGGUAUUUCGGCUUUCUUGUAUCUCGUAAGAAAUACAUUGUCUCAAUCGAUGAUGAUUGCAUCCCAGCUAAGGACAGUAAGGGUUUUCUAAUAGAUGCUGUGGCCCAGCAUCUUGCUAACCUGACAACUCCAGCCACUCCUUUUUUCUUCAAUACUCUUUAUGACCCUUAUCGUGAGGGAGCAGAUUUUGUUCGUGGGUACCCAUUUAGCCUGCGUAGUGGGGUUACGUGUGCUCUGUCAUGUGGACUCUGGCUUAAUUUAGCUGACUUAGAUGCUCCUACACAAGCCCUGAAGCCAGGGCAGAGAAAUUCUCGAUAUGUUGAUGCUGUUAUGACCAUUCCAUCUAGGGCCAUGAUGCCCAUCAGUGGAAUCAACAUUGCUUUUGAUCGUGAGGCCGUGGGGCCAGCUUUAUUGCCAGCUUUGAAGUUGGAUGGGGAAGGAAAUCUUAGAUGGGAAACAAUGGAAGAUAUUUGGAGUGGAAUGUGUGUUAAGGUUGUGUGCGAUCACCUUGGUCUUGGUGUGAAAAGUGGGCUACCGUAUGUGUGGAGAAGAGACAGAGGUAGUGCGAUAGAAAGCUUGAAAAAAGAGUGGGAAGGGGUAAAGCUGACGGAGGAAAUUGUCCCGUUCUUUCAGUUAGUUAGGCUGCCACAAACAGCAGCGACAACAGAAGACUGCAUCCUUGAGAUGGCAACAACAGUGAAGCAACAGUUAGGACCAUCAAAUCCCGUUUUCACUCGUGCUGCUGAAGCCAUGGUUGAAUGGGUCAAGCUGUGGAAGGCAGUUGGGUCUGGUUCCUCUCCUUUGUAGAAAAGGGUAGUUUUGAUGGUUAUAUUUCUUGUUCCUAUUACUGUGUUUGCAUGCAACUUAUGCCCUAUAAAAUCACUGUGAUUUUGUGAGGCAGGGAUAAAAGAUGUUAACUAUAUUUAUGGUUUGUUUUAAUUUUGUGUUUGAGGGGCGCCGUUAUGACAA